AUGUCAAAGUCUAGAUCAAAAAGUACAAUUGAAUAGAGAAUCAAAGAAGUCAGAAUGUAAAAAUCUAGAAAUUAUUCUCAUGUUGAAGGAACAUGUGUAUGCUCUGAUUGUUUAUGUGGUUAAUGCAAAUGCUAAGUAUAGUAACAACAUUAUGAUUAUCCAAAACUUUUACUAUCAAAUUAUAAAAGAGAAUAUCCAUGGAAAUAUUCAUCACCUCCUAAACCAGUUUAAAAAGUUGAAUAUUAGUCAAAUUUUGAAUAAGUUUGUAGAUCAUCUACUUACUAAAGAAAUUUUCAAUAAUUCAACAUUUAGAAAACUGAAAAUUUCAAACCAUCACCUUAAGAUUGGAGAAAUGAGUCACCAAUUGUUGAAAUGACAUCUUAUAGAACAAAUUUCAAAUAACAACCUAAUAGUAUAAUAUUAAAGUUACAUUAGAUAUCACACCAAUCUUAAGGCCAAUUGAAGUUGAUCAUUCUGUAAAUUUACCUAUGUCUUAGAAAACUACUUAUAAGAAUCACUUUAGAGCCUGUAGUUCUUAAUUAGAAAAUGAUCAUUAUGUUAGAGAAGCUCAUUAUAAAAGACACACAAAUUAAACUCCAAAUCCAUAUUUAAAAACAUCAUAUCAACAUUUUUAUAAUGUAGUUUCAUAAUCACAAACAAAUGCAAUUUUACCAUAAUAAAAUUAACCAUUUAUGCCAGCUUUAUCUGGAUCAUAGAACAGAUAAAGUAGAUAUCAAUCAGAUUAUAAGAGAAAAUAAAAACUUAAAUGUUAAGCAAGAUAAUAUUUAGAAGAGUACAUUAUUAUUAAUUAAGAUUGA